CCGGGACUGCGGGCCGGAAGCGCGGUGUCAGCCGCUUCCCGGUGGCCCUCCGCCGCGAUGUUACCCUACACGGUGAACUUCAAGGUGUCGGCGCGCACCCUCACCGGGGCCCUCAGCGCGCACAACAAGGCGGCGGUGGACUGGGGAUGGCAAGGUUUAAUCGCUUAUGGCUGUCAUUCCCUUGUGGUAGUGAUCGAUUCCAAUACUGCCCAAACUCUUCAAGUUUUAGAGAAGCACAAAGCUGAUGUUGUUAAGGUCAAGUGGGCCAGGGAAAACUAUCACCAUAACCUUGGCUCACCAUAUUGCUUGCGCUUAGCUUCUGCCGAUGUCAGCGGGAAGAUUGUCAUCUGGGACGUAGCAGCGGGGCUGGCACAGUGUGAGAUCCAAGAGCACGUCAGGCCUGUCCAGGAUGUGCAAUGGCUGUGGAGUCAGGAUGCCUGCAGGGACCUGCUGCUCGCUGUCCACCCACCCAGCUCCAUCGUGCUCUGGAACGCCGACACCGGCACCAGGCUAUGGAAGAAGAGCUGUGCUGACAACAUCCUUUCUUUCUCUUUUGACCCUUUCGACCCCUCCCGUCUGACUUUACUCACCAGCGAGGGUAUUGUGUUCAUCUCAGACUUUUCUCCGUCCAAGCCUCCCUCAGGCCCUGGAAAAAAGGUGUAUAUUUCCAGCCCACACUCCAGCCCGUCUCACAAUAAGCUGGCUGCAGCUACAGGAGCCAAGAAGGCUCUUAAUAAAGUAAAAGUUUUAAUCACUCAAGAAAAGCCUAGUGCUGAGUUCAUGACUCUCAAUGAUUGCCUCCAGCUGGCGUAUCUUCCCUCGAAACGAAAUCAUAUGUUGUUACUCUAUCCUCGAGAGAUUUUAAUCCUCGACCUUGAGGUGAACCAAACAGUGGGUGUGAUUGCAAUCGAAAGAACUGGCAUCCCAUUUCUGCAGGUAAUACCCUGCUUUCAGCGUGAUGGUCUGUUUUGCUUACAUGAAAAUGGUUGUAUAACAUUACGUGUCCGAAGAUCCUACAAUAGCAUUUCCACCACUUCAAGUGACGAGCCAGAUCCAGAUCCUGUUCAGGAGCUUACAUAUGAUUUACGAAGCCAGUGUGAUGCAAUCAGGGUGACAAAAACUGUCCGUCCCUUCAGUAUGGUGUGUUGUCCUGUCAAUGAGAAUGCCGCUGCCCUCAUAGUGAGCGACGGUAGGGUCAUGAUAUGGGAACUCAAGUCUGCCGUGUGUACUCGAAGUUCACGCAACAGUAGUUCUGGUGUGUCGCCUUUGUACUCACCAGUGUCUUUCUGUGGGAUUCCUGUAGGAGUGCUACAGAAUAAGCUCCCAGACCUUUCUCUGGAUAAUAUGAUUGGGCAAAGUGCAGUUGCUGGGGAAGAGCAUCCCAAAGGCUCCGUCCUACAGGAAGUACACCUCAGAUUCCUGCUAACGGGCCUGCUCUCAGGCCUUCCCUCCCCUCAGUUUGCCAUCCGCAUGUGUCCACCACUAACCACAAAGAAUAUUAAGAUGUAUCAGCCACUCCUUGCCGUUGGCACAGGUAACGGUUCUGUGCUGGUGUACCACCUCACCAGUGGUCUGCUGCACAAGGAGUUAAGUGUCCACUCAUGUGAAGUCAAGGGUAUCGAAUGGACGAGUUUGACCAGUUUUCUUUCUUUUGCUACCUCAACUCCAAACAAUAUGGGAUUAGUGAGAAAUGAGCUUCAGCUGGUCGAUCUUCCCGCAGGGAGGAGCACUGCUUUUCGUGGUGAACGAGGCAAUGAUGAAUCACCCAUUGAGAUGAUUAAAGUAUCUCAUUUGAAGCAGUAUUUGGCAGUUGUCUUCAAAGAUAAACCCCUGGAGUUGUGGGAUGUUAGAACUUGUACCCUUCUUAGAGAAAUGUCUAAAAGCUUUCCUUCAGUAACUGCCUUGGAGUGGUCGCCAUCUCACAACUUGAAGAGCCUGAGAAGGAAACAGCUUGCCACCCGUGAAGCCAUGGCCCGCCAGACGGUUGUCUCAGACACAGAGCUGAGUAUUGUGGAGUCAUCUGUGAUCAGCUUGUUACAGGAAGCAGAAAGUAAAUCUGAACUCACUCAGAACAUCUCUGCUCGGGAGCAUUUUGUGUUUACUGAUACUGAUGGCCAAGUUUAUCAUCUCACUGUGGAAGGAAACUCUGUGAAAGAUAGUGCUCGGAUUCCACCAGAUGGAAGUAUGGGUAGUAUUACCUGCAUCGCAUGGAAAGGGGAUACGUUAGUGCUUGGAGAUAUGGAUGGAAAUUUAAACUUUUGGGAUUUGAAAGGCAGAGUAUCCAGAGGAAUACCUACCCAUCGAAGCUGGGUCAGGAAGAUCCGCUUUGCCCCUGGCAAAGGAAACCAAAAGUUGAUAGCAAUGUACAAUGAUGGCGCUGAAGUGUGGGAUACUAAAGAGAUUCAGAUGGUGAGCAGUUUAAGAAGUGGAAGAAAUGUGACCUUUCGGAUUUUGGAUGUGGACUGGUGCACAUCAGAUAAAGUGAUCUUGGCAUCCGACGAUGGGUGCAUCAGGGUCUUAGAAAUGUCUAUGAAGUCUACGUGUUUUAGGAUGGACGAGCAGGAGCUAACUGAACCUGUAUGGUGCCCAUAUCUCCUUGUUCCAAGAGCCUCUCUUGCCCUGAAAGCCUUCUUACUCCACCAGCCAUGGAAUGGGCGAUAUACUUUAGAUAUAUCACACAUUGAUUAUCCAGAAAAUGAAGAAAUAAAGAAUCUCCUUCAAGAACAGUUGAAUUCAUUAUCUAAUGACAUCAAGAGACUCUUGCUUGAUCCAGAAUUCACUCUCUUGCAGAGGUGCCUGCUUGUUUCCAGGCUUUAUGGCGAUGAAUCAGAGCUGCACUUCUGGACGGUGGCGGCCCACUACCUCCACAGUUUGUCCCAAGCCAAGUCAGAGGGUACGGUGGUGACCAAGGAAGCCGCUCCCCAGGAGACACUGAACAACCCACUGGACAUCUGCUAUGAUGUGCUCUGUGAAAAUGCUUAUUUCCAGAAAUUUCAGCUGGAAAGGGUUAAUCUUCAGGAGGUAAAACGUUCAACCUAUGACCACACGAGGAAAUGCACAGACCAGCUGCUGCUCUUGGGCCAAACAGACAGAGCUGUGCAGUUGCUGUUGGAAACAAGUGCAGAUAACCAACAUUACUAUUGUGAUUCACUGAAAGCCUGUUUGGUCACUACGGUCACUUCUUCAGGCCCCUCUCAAAGCACCAUUAAGCUGGUGGCAACUAACAUGAUUGCCAAUGGCAAGCUGGCAGAGGGUGUUCAGUUGCUCUGUCUGAUAGACAAGGCUGCAGAUGCCUGCCGUUACCUGCAGACAUACGGCGAAUGGAAUCGGGCGGCGUGGCUUGCAAAGGUCCGCUUAAACUCUGAUGAGUGUGCUGAUGUUCUGAAGCGCUGGGUUGACCACCUCUGUUCCCCACAAGUUAACCAGAAAUCAAAGGCCCUUUUGGUCCUUCUAUCGCUGGGCUGCUUCUCCAGUGUGGCAGAGACUCUUCACAGCAUGAGGUACUUCGAUAGAGCGGCCUUAUUUGUGGAAGCCUGUCUCAAGUAUGGCGCAUUUGAAAUCAACGAGGACACAGAGGAACUCAUUGCUUCCAUAUAUGCAGAUUAUGCCCGGAGUCUGAAGAGCCUUGGUUUUAAACAGGGAGCAGUUUUGUUUGCUUCAAAAGCUGGAGCAGCUGGCAAAGAUUUGUUGAAUGAGCUGGCAUUCCACAAGGAAGAGCUGACUGAGGAGUGACAGGUUCUGUGCUGGAGAAUCUGACAUUGGAAGAAGAAUGGGCAGGGGCCUGACGUGGCUAUGCUUAUGGUUAAGGCCAUUGUCGGCCCAGACUGAUGUGGAAACAGGGUCCUUCUAAGUUCUUUCACCACCUUCCUUGAGACCACACAUGUUCAGCAGUGUGGGCAAGCUCUGUGGCCUGAACUAAACCCACAGAGCAGAGGGGAACCUUCACAGUUGAAAAGUGUAUAGCAUUUUAUACUCUUGGAGAGAGCUUUGUGAUGCCUGGGAAGACUUUUAAUUUUUUUAUAACUUAAGAAUUCAGGAGACUAGGUUGCCUAAAUUUACAGGUGUUUGAGAAACCUGUAGCAAGCUUGUGUGAUUUUUAUUCUCAAGUGUGCACUGCGCUGUGUUUAAACAGUCAUUGAGGACACAGGUGGACAGAGCAUUCAGAGAUGGCUCACCAAGCCACUGUUGUUGUCUUACCUUGAAAACAAGUGAUUCCUUGAUUCAGGCAUAGCUAAACAUUGUAAUGUUAGGCUCCUGUAUUUCAUGGACAACUGUAAGCUUUGUUUCAUGCCAGGGUUUGUGGUAUUUGUCAUUCUGAAUGUUAACUCCUAUGAUACAUCCCAGUAACCUCAUUUUUGAAGUCUUUGAACCUUUUCUUUGUGCUCUGCCACUAGAUGAAAUGUCACUAUCAUAAAUUAUUGCUGAGAAUUUAAAUGUCUACUACAAAAUGAUUUUUUAAAAAAUCUACCCAAGCUUUUAUCAUCA